UACUUGUGCUCCAGUUCUAGCCCUCUACAACUGACACCUCACACUUACUUGCUCAUGGAGAAUAAACGCCAUUCACAUUUAGUUUUGAGGUAGCCGCGAAGUAUUCCUUUCAAAAUAUGACUGUAUAAUGAGUUUUCACAGUAGAAAGCAGGGGAUACCUCGUCAACUUAACAAAACUUAGUAAGGAGUCAGAGAAAGUCCAAGAUGAGCUCCCAGGAUAUACUGAAGGAUGCGUCCACUUUAGCAUCCUAUAAUGUCUUGCUACAGGUGAUGUUCCGUGUUCUCACCUUCUUGCUGAACGCGUUCACGCUGCGCUUUGUCUCCAAGGAGCUUAUAGGCGUGGUAAAUGUCAGGCUUACACUUUUAUAUUCCACAUUAGUGUUUUUAUCCAGAGAGGCUUUCCGGAGAGCCUGCCUGAGUGGGGAAUCUGGCACAACCCGCAGCUGGAGACAAGUUAUUAACCUACUGUGGCUGACGGUGCCACUUGGUGUGCUAUGGGGAACCCUUCUUGCCUGUGUGUGGCUCUGGCUCCUGGAGGUCCCCGAUGCUCAGUCCGUCCCUUACUACAGUCCUGCUGUGGUGCUGUUUGCCUUCGCAGGGGUGCAGGAGCUCCUGGCUGAGCCCCUCUGGGUCUUGGCUCAAGCUCACAUGUUUGUCCGUUUGAAAGUGGUGGCUGAGAGCUUAGCAAUGAUCGCUAAGUGCAGUAUAACUGUGGUGCUGGUGGUGUUUGCCCCUGGAUGGGGCCUUUACAUCUUCUCUGCUGCUCAUUUGGUGUACACAGGAUUCCUGGUGCUGUGCUACACCGUUUACUUCAUUCGUUUCUUGGGGUCUAAAGGUGCAUCAAGGAAGAGCUUCCCUCUGCACAGUGUUGGAGAUCUGCUUCCCCGGAGAGUGGAUGGAGAGCCUCUGGUCGAUUGGACUCUAGCCCGGCUCACGUGGAGCUUCUUCAAGCAGUCCUUCCUGAAGCAGAUCCUGACAGAGGGGGAGCGUUACGUCAUGACAUUCUUGAACGUCCUCAGCUUCGGAGAUCAGGGUGUUUACGAUAUCGUCAAUAAUCUGGGCUCCAUGGUGGCGCGCUUCGUCUUCUUGCCCAUCGAAGAAAGCUUCUACAUCUUUUUUGCCAAAGUGCUGGAGAGAGGACAUGGUGUCAAAAGUCAGAGACAGGAGGAUGUUGCCAUUGCUGCAGAGGUCCUGGAGUGUCUUCUGAAACUGGUGCUGGUGAUUGGUCUGAUCAUCACAGUGUUUGGUUACGCCUAUUCUCAGCUGGCUCUAGAUAUUUAUGGUGGCUCUCUGCUGAGUAGCGGGGCAGGGCCCAGUUUGCUGCGAUGCUACAGCUGUUAUGUCCUCCUGCUCGCUGUAAACGGUGUGACAGAGUGCUUUGUAUUUGCUGCCAUGAGCCAGGAAGAGGUUGAUAAGUAUAACCUAGUUAUGCUGGCUCUGUCUGUGUCUUUCCUCGUCCUAUCCUACAUGCUGACCUGGUGGGCUGGUGGCGUUGGCUUCAUACUGGCAAACUGCCUCAAUAUGGGCCUCCGUAUAUUUCACAGCCUGAUGUACAUACAACGCUAUUUCCAGUUCAGUGAGUGGAAACCUCUGCGAGGCCUGUUGCCCUCCCCGUUUCUGUUACUGGCUCUCUGCAUCAGUGCGGUUGUCACUGCAGCUUCUGAGGCGGCUUUCUGUUGUGACAGCGGCUGGUUGCUAAGGAUGGUCCACAUCGGUGUGGGAGCAUUGUGCCUGCUUGGUGUGCUUGUAGCCAUUCUUCUCACAGAGACUCGGCUCAUUGAGUUUGUAAGGACUCAGCUCUUGCCCCGAUACAGGAAGAAACGAACUUAGACAGAGAUGCUGCACCUGUCUGGAAGAAAACAAACACUGACUCAAAGUUUACAGACAAACUUUUAUUUUUAUAUCGGCCUCAUGUGUGAUAAAAGUGCACUGAAACAUUCCUGUGUCAUAUAUGAAUGACUUUGAGGAUGUUAUUAUGGGUGAAACAAAUGGGUGAAUGUAUAUUGAGAAACCGGUUGAAUUUGUUACAGGUCUGGUUUGUUUUGCAUGGAUUAAACAAGGCCUCCUUAUUACCUUUGGUGGAGGCAUAGUUUAUUAAAGUGGGAAAUGCUUAAAUGCCAAAUGACUCAAA